UCGAGAAAGAGUGAGACAGGAGAGAGUUGUGAGGGACGACGGGGCGCCGACGGCAGCGCCGCUGUGAGCGGCGGCGGACCUGCUUCCUUCGACAAGCUGAAUCUUGAAGAUGACGAUGUCCGGUUCGGGUCAACGGCGCAGGUCAAUAGUUUCAGUUCAGGACAGGUUCAGUUACGCUAGGUUGUUCGAAUGGUAUGCAGUUUUGAGUUUGUUUCGGGUUUUAUUUCGGGUCAGAAUUACGGAUUCAGGCUCUGUUUUGGUUCGGGAGUUUCGCUCAAGUCAAUCUUCGGUUCAAAGUUUCGGGUUCUCGGUUCGGUUCAACAUCAGAUUUGAAGUUUUAUUUGGGUGUUUCGAGAGCUUUGGUUCGACUUGGAUUCGGGUAUUAUUUCCGGGUUAUUUCGGUUCGGUCAACGGUUCGGGUCAGCCGCUGUCAACAGUCAACACCGGGUCAAAGUUGGUCAACGCGGUUCGGCGAAACGACAUGAAGAUUCGGAAUGCCUUAGUUGCACGCUAGCGAGUUCACAUUUUUGGAAUGACAUCACGGAAUCACGCUAGGCUAACAUUGCACAUGGAAGUCCAGGUGA